UUUUCAGCCAUGAUACCCUACUUGGGCCGAUCCUUACUACUUCUGGCACUUCUAGCACAAUAUUCAAACACGUGUCUUCUCAAAAAUGGCAUGAGUUCCGUGUAUCUCUCGGCUUUUGAAGAUUUGAAACCAGGAAAUGUGAUCGGCACGCUGCCUUUCGAAUCGCAGACCUCAAAGGAAACCGAUGUCGAGCUACGGGUGGUGAAGGGAAACGAGUUGGUCGAUGUGAAACCUGGCAGCCAUGAUUUGAUUCUGAAAAAGACGUUGGAUAGGGAUGAGGGAGUCGGCAAGUUCGAAGCUGUUGUUGAAUGCCGUUCCUCGAAUUUGGAUACAGACUUCAGUCAGCUGAACAUAUCGGUGUUUGUGACGGUCAAAGACAUUAAUGACAAUGCGCCAGUGUUCGAUUCAGCCGAGUACUUUGUGGACAUUAAAGAAGAACUACCAACUGGUACAAUUGUCUUCACAGACUUCGAAGCCACUGACAACGAUCAACCAGGGCCAAACAGUUUCGUGCAGUACACUAUUGUGGCGGGACCGCAUUCUCAUUUUCUGGAGAUUCCGGACCCUUUCAAGCCAGUGAUCACAAUUAAAGAUAGGAUUAAUUACGAAGAGAUCAAGAAGUUCUCGGUGGAAAUUGAGGCGAGAGAUCAAGGAGAACCGAGUUUAGCAUCAACGGUUCCGUUACAUGUGACAAUUGUGGAUGUGAACGACUUGCUGCCAAGAUUCAAACAUUCACAUUAUACAGCUAAAUCUCAAAAGAAUGGCGUAUUGGUUUUCGAACCGGAGGCUAUCUCAGCACAAGAUGGCGAUCGUCUCAACGCUUCGCUGAUCUUUUCUCUGUCCGGAGAACUAUCGGAACACUUUGCCAUCGACAAUGACGGAAGCAUCCGUUCGAUUACCCCUAACCCACCACAACGAGCCACUUUCUUUGUGACGGCCUCUGAACGAGAAGAUACCGAGAGAAAUAGCACGGCAAUACUGUCAAUCCGUCUUCAAUCUUCAUUAGCCUUCCAGCACAACACCUACUCUACAACAAUUUCACCAACAACACCAAUUGGUUCAACUGUGAUCACUGUGGUGGCCAACUCGGAAAAUAAUACCCCGCUCACCUACUCGCUUCUUGCCGACACGAACACUGUUUCGAUUGAUGAAGUAUCUGGAAAUGUCGUGCUCCGUAAGAAACUCGAGAAGCCCGAAACAUUGAAUGUUACCGCGAGUGAUGGAGAAAAUGUUGUCUCUACCGCUCUCCACUUGAUGACAGCCAAUUCGGAAGAAUCGUGUCGAUCGCCGAUUAAGUUCGAAAAGUUCGAAUAUAAAAUGACAAUUGGGAAAUUGAAUGUGUUGGGAGUAGUGAAUGCCACCUCACGGACAGGAACAAAGAUCACCUACAUUUUAAUGAACAUGAAUAAUGAUUUUGAAAUCGACACCAAUGGAGUCGUGAAGCUUCUUCCCAAAGCACGUCUUCAGUGCAAAGUUUGUGAGCUGAUUGUAGUGGCAAAAUCGGGAACUCAAAUGGCAAUCACCAAGAUUAACGUGGAUAAUCCAGCAUUUGUUCUUCACUCGACCACCGCUUUAACUUUAUUGAUUCUUAUCAUUUUAUGUCUGAUCUUCACGAUGCUUGCUAUCCUCGUGUGUCGGAAGUUUUGUGAAAAAUGGAAGACGGGCCAUCGGAGAUCGAGCAUUUGUUGGCUCAAUGGGACAACUGAUACUGGCAUUUCUAUAACUACAACAACGCCGAAUACAACGACUAGUUCAGGUAUGUGGUGAACAGUGACCGCGAUAGAUGUUACGAGUCCAAGUCACCGGGUCCCAAAAGAUCACAAGGUGCCCAUUUGGUUCCAGUCACCGUAACAUCAGACGGAUCAACGCCUACUGUCUAUUUUUAAUAUGUAUCCGAUAAAAAUUCUGAAAUAUCUGUUCAUCUCCCUCAACGCCCCAAUCUUACUGGUCACAUGCUCCUCGCUUCAAUAAUUUUUUUUUGCAAAUUGUCAUUGUAAAUACGCAACCUCGUCGAAUUCUUUCACAGCUCUUUCACAAUCAUAUCGGUGACUUUCUUUCUCACAAUAUUCUAUUCAUUGUAUCUUCAAAAGUGCUCAUUCCUUUGUCUAACCGUUUUGCUUACAAUUAACUUAUGUUACCUUCGCUUUGCAGUUUCAAAACUACAGGGUUGAUCUCAUAUUCACAUUACUUUUUGAUCAAUAAAUAUAUUUAUAUAAAUU